AAAGAAAUAAGAGCAUGUUCUGGGGUGGGCGUGCUUUGCUCACAAAAAAUGAGUCCCCGUCUCAUCGAUGAUUUCUCUUACAUGCUCUAUUUAGGAUCAUCCCUUCAAAGAAAGUUUCUGGCUUUUCUUCAUAUGUAGCUCUAAAAGUUACUCCAUUAAAGUAAAAGCACAAUACUAUAUAUAUAUAUAUUGUAUAUAUAUAUAAUCUUCAUACGCGGUUAAGCCUUGCAAUUUUUUUUUUCAAUGAAUGGUUUUCGUUUGAAUUGAAAAACCCGCAAAGAAAGCAUCGAUUUUGAAUGGAGGAAGGGUACCCCAGAAGCAAGUUCAAGACCGUGUGUGUCUUCUGUGGCAGCAACAGUGGCAACCGACAAGUCUUCAGUGACGCUGCGAUUCAAUUGGGCAAUGAACUGGUUAAGAGGAACAUAGACUUGGUGUAUGGUGGGGGCAGUGUUGGGCUAAUGGGCUUAAUAUCUCAGAGAGUGUAUGAUGGAGGCUGCCAUGUCCUAGGGAUCAUUCCAAAAGCUCUCAUGCCUCUCGAGAUAUCAGGUGAAACAGUAGGUGAAGUGAGAAUUGUUUCAGAUAUGCACGAGCGUAAAGCUGCCAUGGCUCAAGAAGCUGAUGCAUUUGUUGCUCUCCCUGGAGGAUAUGGAACCAUGGAGGAGCUGUUGGAGAUGAUAACUUGGGCCCAACUUGGAAUCCAUAAAAAACCGGUUGGUCUACUGAAUGUUGACGGUUACUAUAACUGUUUGCUUGCAUUAUUUGACAAUGGUGUUAAAGAAGGCUUCAUUAAGCCUUGUGCACGGGAUAUAGUUGUCUCUGCUACGUCAGCCAAAGAACUUAUGAUGAAGAUGGAGCACUACACUCCUUCGCACGAACAUGUUGCCCCUCAUGAGAGCUGGCAGAUGAAGCAAUUAGGUAAUUAUCCAGAUGCAGAGUGAGAGUACUGUUAUUGAUGGAAGGUUUUUUCUCCGAAAAUUGAUUUAUGAUGUGAUUCUUCAUCAUUCGAGAUGUAUACAAGAGCCUGCAUAGAUGGGGCCAUAUGUUGUUUGUUACCGUGUACUACGUUGUUUUUAUGACUGGAGUGCUUAUAUUUUGGCUUUGCUGCUUUUCGUCAUUUUCUUUUUCCUUCAUUUAAUGGUGGAUUGAUUCCCUAUGAGAUAGUCAUAUCUGGUUGUUACCACUCAUUAAAGGCAAAAGUACUUGGAAAUGGAAAAGAGAUGAUAAGCAUUUCGUGAGCAGAAUUUCAGUUGUGCGUAAUGGGUUGGCUCCACUUUGUAGUGCCUUAAUUAGACAAGAUAGGUUAAUCAAGGACAACCUACAAUUUUGGCCAACCUGAAAAGGUACAAUAGUAUGUAAUUCGAAGCUCA